AUGCACAAUUUUGAGGAUGAGUUAACAUGUCCCAUCUGUUACAGUAUUUUUGAAGAUCCUCGUGUACUACCAUGUUCUCAUACAUUUUGUAGAAAUUGCUUGGAAAAUGUUCUUCAGGCAUCUGGUAACUUUUAUAUAUGGAGACCUUUACGAAUUCCACUCAAGUGCCCUAACUGCAGAAGUAUUAUUGAAAUUGCUCCAACUGGCAUUGAAUCUUUACCUGUUAAUUUUGCAUUAAGGGCUAUUAUUGAGAAGUACCAGCAAGAAGACCAUCCAGAUAUUGUCACCUGCCCUGAACAUUACAGACAACCCUUAAAUGUUUAUUGCCUACUGGAUAAAAAAUUAGUUUGUGGUCAUUGCCUUACCAUAGGUCAACACCAUGGUCAUCCUAUAGAUGACCUUCAAAGUGCCUAUCUGAAAGAAAAGGAUACGCCUCAGAACCUGCUUGAACAGUUGACUGACACACAUUGGACAGAUCUUACUCGUCUUAUUGAAAAGCUGGAAGAACAAAAAUCUCAUUCUGAGAAAAUGGUCCAAGGUGAUAAGGAAGUUGUUCUGCAGUACUUUAAGGAGCUUAGUGAUACAUUAGAACAGAAAAAAAAAUUUUUCCUAACAGCUCUCUGUGAUGUUGGUCAUCUGAUUAAUCAAGAAUAUACCCCACAAAUCGAAAGAAUGAAAGAAAUGAGAGAGUAGCAGCUUGAACUAAUGACAGUGAUAACGUCUUUACAAGAAGAGUCUCCACUGAACUUUCUUGAAAAAGUUGAUGAUGUUCGCCAACGUGUGCAGAUCUUGAAACAAAGACCACUUCCUGAGGUCCAACCUGUUGAAAUUUAUCCUCGUGUAAGCAAAGUAUUAAAAGAAGAAUGGAGCAGAACAGAAAUUGGACAAAUUAAGAAAGUGCUCAUUCCUGAAAUGAAAAUUUCUUCAAAAAGGAUGCCAUGUUCCUGGCCUGAUAAGGAUGAAAAAGAAGUUGAAUUUUUUAAAAUUUUAAACAUUGUUAUAGUUACACUAAUUUCGGUGAUACUGAUGUUGAUACUCUUUUUCAACCAACACAUUAUAACCUUUUUAAAUGAAAUCACUUCAAUAUGUUUUUCUGAAGUCUCUUUAUCUGUUUACCAAAGUUUAUCUAACAAUUUACAUAAUUUAAAGAAUAUACUAUGUCGCACUUUAGAGUUGUCAAAGGAAUUUGUGUGGAAAGUAGUUUCUCAUUGAAAACUUAAAUCUGAAUUGUUUAAAUGGGCUUAUUCUGUGUAUGCAGAAACUAACCAUUCCUAAGUAGAGAUGUAGGGGUACCAUGGACAAGUACUAAGUAGCAAACUAAGCUUUAUUAGAGUUGCAACAAAUAAUGUUAUCUUUCAUGUUUUUGUUGGUUAGAAAUAUGCCAAAAUUAGAAAU